AUGGUGGGUGAAGAGUCGAAGAAUCUCAGUCCCAAGAACUGGCCUGACUCUCCUUCAGUCUAUGAUCUUCCUGCCGAGGUGUUGGAGACCCUAACUCUCAAGCACGAUUCAGACGCCGUCGUCGUCCCCGUCGAGGAGGUGUCGAGGACGCCGAGCGAGAAGAGUCCGAAUGGCUCUUCGGAUAACCUCGUCGGCUCGCAGUCCUGCUCACUGUGCGGUUUGGCGUUUGCCGCUCUGGAGGAUCAGAGGGGCCAUUUAAAGUCGGAUCUGCACCACUACAACCUCAAGCAGAGGCUGAGAGGUCUCAGGCCAGUCUCGGAACCGGACUUUGAGAAGCUCAUUGGGAAUCUGGACGAAUCCCUGUCGGGGUCCGAUUCCGACGGUUCCGAAGACAAUUCUGACGAGGCACGACAGGAGUCCACGCUGACGGCUCUCCUGAAGCGACAGGCCAGGCUGACGGGCAACCAAGUCGACACGGAAAGCGACGGCGCCGACGACCGGAGCAGCAACCGCACCCAUGGUCGGGCUAAGCCUCCGCUGAUAUGGUUCAGCUCUCCUUCCUUGCCGGAAAAGACUUACUUUGGCCUCUACCGGGCCAUCCUGACCGCAGAUGACGAGAAGAAUGCCGACCUGGUUCAAAUGCUACGUGCGAAGCAGCUCGCGCCCAUCUCCAUCCCGAAACCUGCCAAGGACGGUUCCCUGCCGCAGGUGGCCUACAGUGGACCCCACAUCUUCCUCUGCAUGAUCGGCGGUGGCCAUUUUGCCGCCAUGGUCGUCUCCCUGGCGCCCCGGUCGUCAAGAUCAAGCACGACGAUGAACCGAGAGGCCACUGUGCUCGCCCACAAGACCUUUCACAGGUACACGACGAGGAGGAAGCAGGGAGGCUCCCAGUCGGCCAACGAUAACGCAAAGGGAACUGCCCAUUCUGCUGGCUCCAGCCUGCGACGCUACAACGAGCAGGCCUUGGUUGCCGACGUCCGGGCCCUGCUCCAGGACUGGAAGGCCCUCAUCGACACGUCGGAGCUGUUGUUCGUUCGUGCCACUGGAACGACGAACCGGAGAACCCUGUUUGGGCCGUACGAGGGACAAGUCUUGCAGCGGAACGAUAUGCGUUUGCGGGGGUUUCCUUUCAGCACACGACGGGCGACACAGAACGAGCUCAUGCGGUCCUUCAUCGAGCUCACUCGACUCAAGAUUCAACUGAUCGAUACUGUGCAGGAGGUGAAAAGGCCUGAGGCCGUGCCGGCACCGAUCAAGACGUCAAGCCCGAAGCCGACGAAAGCGAAACUGUCCGAGGAAGACGAGACGGCGUUGCUGCACACGUCGCAGUUGCAGGCUUUCAUUCGACGAUCGAAGCUGCCAGCACUACUGUCCUACCUCGCCAAGAACGAACUGACGGCCGACUUUGAGUUUUUCCCGAAAGAACAGAACAACCAUGCGCCGAGGCUUCUGCACAUGGCAGCCGCACACAACUCGGCCCCGCUGGUCCUCGGCAUUCUCACCCGGGGCGGUGCCGACCCGCUUCCCAAGAACGUCGAGGGCAAGGCGGCAUUCGAACUGGCAGGCGACCGGCCGACGCGAGAUGCAUUCCGCGUUGCCCGUUCGGAGCUCGGCGAGGCCAAAUGGGCUUGGGACGAGGCCAAGGUGCCGACACCCAUGACCAAGGCGGAAGCCGGAAGCCGGGACGAGCGAGAGAAGCUUGAGGCGAAGAAGAAGGAGUCAGAGCGGCGGAAAGCAGAGGAGGACAGAUUACGAGUGGAGGGCCCGCAAAUGACAGACAGCAGGAAGGCCAAGGGGAGUAUAGCCGGCGCAGGGAUGACGAUGACGGCGCAAGAGCAGAGAGAGCAGGAAGCACGAGGCAUGACGCCCGAAUUCCGCAUGAAGCUCGAGCGGGAGAGGAGGGCGAGGGCAGCGGAGGAGCGACUUCGGAGAAUGACGAGUGGGAACCAGACGUCGUAG